CCUCCUCAACUGUAGAAUCGCCCGUCUAUUCACACCCUCUCGGCGCAUUGCCUUCAUUUCCCCGACUCGAUCCGACUCUCGACGACGUCGCACCGACUUCUCGCCAUGACGCGCUGGUGAUCUCUGCACCCAGUCGUAUGCCGCCGAUGAGCAUGGAAUCCCCCCAACUCGCCUACAUCCAACAACUAGAGAUAAGCCGAGUCUUCGCCGUGUCCUAGUCGACGAACCCGAUCCAGGCUGCGCUACUCGUCUCUUGUCAUGGUUGCCAUUGUCUAAAUCAAAUGGCUACCACGUCCAGCCAACAACCCGCCAACUUGGCAAAAAAUUCAACCUCCAUCUCCGCCAGGGCCACGAGCUCUAACGGACAACCGCUUUCUGAAUCUCCCACGCCCGGUCUGACUGUGCCGUCCCCAUCUCUGGCUGCUUCUACGACCAAUGGGGGCACCAAUGGGCUCCUACCUACUACCACCGUCUCGAAUGACGGCUCAGUGCACACUGACUUAAGGCUAUAUCCUCGAGACGGGCGCCUGAGGAACCCGGUCCCGAGCAAGCUGAAGGAUGUCAAUGAACAGAUGAAAGGGAACUUCAGCGUCAUGCAUAUGGACGUCGCAAGUCACCGUGCCAGUGAGGGUCGCGAUGCCGCCGCGAAGCGGACCAGCGAAAGCACCGCUCUACAGGCCAAGCUGGCGCAGACGGACAGCUACGUCUCCCAUCAACGCAGGGCAAAUUACCCGCGGCCGCCAGGCCUAAAACAAUUCACCUCUCCGGGGAAAUCUACUUCGGCCGAACCCGCAGCCGUUGAUGCCGACCUGAAUCGGCCGCUCAGCAUCGCGGAGACCAAGACGGAACAGGCUCGACUGCUCACCUUACUCAGGACUCUCCCUCCCAACACCGUCGUCGACCAGUUAUGUAAGGCGCUCGCAUUCUUCGGCGGUAUACCCGCUGCCCCACCCCCCGCUGACGGCAAAUUCCCCGAGAGCGCCGAAGCCAACGGUUCGGGUUCCUUAUUUGUCGGAUGGAUCGCUGAGAUAUUUCCCAAUCUCGGCGAGUCCCGAAGACAAGUUGCGCCUCUACCCCAGCCUACCCAGCCCGUCAACCAGCGACGGCCGAGGGGAAGACCCAAGGGGAGCAAAGCUAGCAAAUCACGAAGCGACAAGGGAAUCAAAAAAGGCAGCAAAGGAACUGCUUAUCGGGCCCAAGAGCCCCAGGAUGAUAGCGGCUGGAUUGAUGUUGAGGCGGACGACAGUAUUCACGAAAUAAAUGGAGAUAGCAUAGUUGAGCUUGGCGGGCCACCGGGGAAUGGCCCGGGCACACCCCCCCGCGCUCCCGAAGGGGAGCCGUUCAACAAUACGCCCGCACCCGGUUCGGCCGGUGGUUUCAAGUCUAUCAACGAUGCCGCGACGGUCCCUGGGUCGAGCGCGAAACGGCGUGGUCGACCGAAAGGGUCUAAGAAUCGGCCUAAAGACGGCUCUAAUCUGCCGCAGCCGGGCCAGGCGAUAGAAUCUACCGUCACCCACUCGAGUACGCCUAAUCCGACCGAUAAUUCGUCGGUGCCGCCACCGAAAGUAACUCCCGUGCCAGUGCCGGUCCCCAUGCUCGGUGAACAGUCCAAAAAGAAGGCCAACGCCGGGCGGCCAAAAGGUUCGAAAAACAAACCGAAGGUUGCCAAUGACUCGGCAAGCCGAAAUAUAUCCACAUCGCAGCAGCAGCCGCCGGGUCCGUCGAAUCACACUGACCAGCACUCCGCCCAGUUAGGGGGGGGGGCGACCUCGUUGUAUUCGGGUGACAGCAAUCUGCCUACUAUCAGCGAUGGCAUCUCUUCUCAGAAGGACAAACGAACGCUGCCCCCUCCGCCUCCCGAGUCUUUCGCCACUCUAGCAACCACUACGUCUAGCAACCUAACUCCGACUCCUCAAGUCAAGGAGUCAUCAAUAACAGGAAAAAAGCGGAAGCGCCAGUCUGCCCCCGCUAGUAUUGCAAAUCCUCAAGUGGAUGGGACUUCUGGGACCGCAGCGGGAGGCUCACUCUCCCAGCAGACACAGCCUAGCGUCUCCCAGGCGGUUCCAACCUCGAUGUCUCAAGUACACUCCUCGGCCGGCCAGCCCGCCCAACAGUUUGCACUUGGAAGCAACGUUCCCCCCGCGGCAAAACGCCCCCGCAAGGUUCAAGAGUCGGGCACAUUGCAAGCAAUAAAGCGGCCGACACCGAAUAGCAUGGUGUCGAAGAACCCCCUUGAAUCCACUGCGGCUUCGCUGGAUCAACCCCGGCAAUCCGGUCAAGCCUCAGCCACAUCGCGAAACCCUCCGGUAACCGAGGGGCUUGAUGCAUUUUACGAUAGUUUAUCUACACCACAUAACCGCAACGGCCCGACACAACAUUCUAGCCGCGCCCAGAAGCAACAACACCAGUCGACUACUAUGCCGAUCGGGAGCAACAUACCUUCUCACCAUGCUGAGGGCCUGGAGGCUCACUUUGAACGAUUUACCAGUCUCCAACCCCAGCAAGACAAUGUGAGACAACAGACUGCCAAUCGCCAGCAGAUACAGCAACACGCCGCUCAAGGCGCGUCGCCUCUGCCGUCGCAGGCUUCAAAGACGCCGCAAUUGCCCUCUUCUCUAGGCUCACACCAGCAGACUAGGACGUCGCAAAGUUACUAUCCCCCAACACAAGGCCUCGGCUCCUCGUACAACACACAGGCCACCACGUAUUCCACGAGUCAGCGCCAGCCUCAGCACAUGGCUACCGGGUCUCCCAACGCCGGCCUCGUGCAACACAUGUCCAAUUCCCCUCAGUUUGGCGCCCAGUCCAACUCGCCUCUCAUGCAAGGGGACACUUCGAGCUACCGAGGGUCGCCAUCGCUGGUUCAUAGCAAUACUGGGUAUCCGCCGCGACGGACGCCUUCGGCCUCGCCACUCGAUAAUAAUUACCGCACAACCAGCACCGCGAGUCACAACGUCUCGAACCAUUCCCCUCACUUUGGCGCGCGGCAGCCUCCUACGACGACCCACAGCACGCCGCAUACCACGAUGGCGAGUUUCGCGCCCUACGAUUCCACCUUUCUAGAUAUGCAAAGCCUAGAGCCAGGUGGUACCCACGGUGGGCUAGGCCUCGGCGCCGGCUCGUACGGGCUCGGUGGCAGCGGCAUGCCUUCACAGCAGCGAACGACGAGCUCCGGCGCUGCCUCUCUCUAUUCCUCGGCGGCAGGUAUGACUAGUACCUAUCUCUCUUCUUCCAAUGUCGGCCGCGCCGCUCAAAACAGGUGGCAGUCGUGAUUCGGUCCCGGGACGGGGACACGUAGGAAAUAAAGGGCCGCUAUAAUCUGAUUGACGUAUGAUACAUGACGGAACGUGGCGUUUUAUUUUUAUUUUAUUUUUUUGAGGAAUGGACGAAAAAAAAAUCUAAGAUGGCG